GUGCAACCUACUGCUCAACAAGCAUCUCUUCCUGUACUAAAUUGUGCUUCUAUUAUGGUUAUUGUAGACGGUUCAGCUGUCCUUGAGGAAGUUGAUGGGCCAAGCAGUAGCCGGUCAAAGACGCAAUCCGUCGUCAAUCUACAGACGCUGGAUAGUCGAAACGUUGCACGAGGAGAUAUUAUCUAUAUUCCUCCCGGAAGAAGGUUAAGAUUCACGCGAUGCACUUCGCCAAUAGAAGGAUUUCGGACAUUUAGCUUUGAAAUUGGGCCAGAUCACGAGAACCGGAAAGUUGUCAAGGAAAUCCCCUCGACAGUCUCUAUGAAGAAGCCACUUUUCACUUUGGAACCUCUUGCUGAGAAAGCAUUCUCGGUGGAAUCCGAGAUGGACGGCUUUAUAUAA